GUUCGUCCUGCCAGAACAACAGACCAAUAAGAGACUGAGGAAGCAAGAUCACCUUCCAAUCACUGACGAGAGGCUGGGAAAUGACGCCAACCCCUGUAGUAGUGGUGUUAGGUUGAGAAAAGAUCAUUUUGCCACUUUUAGACGCGGUCGGUGUGUUUUUCGUGACUCUCCGUGACAGUUGUUGACUACUGUGAUUUCCAGGGCUACAAGGGGUGGGGAGGAGGGAGCUGCAGUGUUGCCUUAUCUUCCUAUUUGCUGCAGCUGUACUCCACUAUGGGUAAGAAGAGCAGAGUGAAAACUCAGAAGUCGGGGAGUGGAGCAGCCGUUGCUGUGUCGCCAAAGGAAAUGCUUAAUUUGAUCAGCGAGUUAUUGCAAAAGUGCAGCAACCCAAAUUCUACUCCUGGGAGAGAAUGGGAAGAGUAUGUGCAGAUCCGUGGGCUUGUUGAAAAAAUCCGCAAGAAACAGAAAGGUUUAUCUGUUGUCUUUGAUGGGAAAAGAGAAGAAUAUUUUCCUGAACUAAUGGAGUGGUGUAAAGAAAAUGGAGCAUCUACCGAAGGCUUUGAAUUAACAGAGUUUCCAGAAGAGGGCUUUGGUUUGAAAGCAAUUCGAGAAAUAAAGGCUGAAGAAUUAUUCUUAUGGGUUCCAAGGAAGCUACUAAUGACUGUUGAGUCUGCAAAAAGUUCCGUUUUAGGGCCUCUUUACUCACAAGACCGGAUUUUGCAAGCCAUGGGGAAUAUCACUCUGGCUUUCCAUCUGCUGUGUGAAAGAGCAAACCCUAAUUCUUUCUGGCUGCCAUACAUCAAAACGCUACCUAAUGAAUAUGACACACCCCUGUAUUUUAAUGAGGAUGAAGUCCAAUAUCUUCAGACAACCCAAGCCAUUAUUGAUGUCUUCAGCCAGUACAAGAACACAGCUCGACAGUAUGCCUAUUUCUACAAAGUCAUUCAGACCCAUCCUAAUGCCAUCAAACUGCCUUUGAAGGAUUCUUUCACUUUCGACGAUUACAGAUGGGCAGUUUCUUCUGUCAUGACAAGACAGAACCAGAUCCCAACAGAGGAUGGAUCAAGAGUUACUUUGGCAUUGAUCCCAUUAUGGGAUAUGUGUAAUCACACCAAUGGGUUGAUAACAACUGGUUACAAUUUAGAAGAUGACCGUUGUGAGUGUGUAGCACUGCAGGACUUCAACAGUGGGGAACAGAUCUACAUCUUUUAUGGAACUCGUUCCAAUGCUGAAUUUGUUAUCCACAAUGGCUUCUUCUUUGAAAAUAACUUGCAUGAUCGAGUGAAAAUAAAGCUGGGUGUAAGUAAGAGCGACAGGCUGUAUGCCAUGAAGGCCGAAGUCCUAGCUCGUGCUGGCAUCCCUACAUCCAGUGUAUUUGCACUGCAUGUCACAGAGCCCCCCAUUUCUGCUCAACUGUUGGCUUUUCUUCGAGUCUUCUGCAUGGAUGAGGAUGAACUGAAAGGGCACCUAAUUGGUGAUCAUGCAAUUGAUAAAAUCUUCACCCUUGGAAAUUCUGAAUUUCCUGUCAGCUGGGACAACGAGAUUAAACUUUGGACAUUCCUCGAAGCUAGAGCUUCUCUUCUCUUGAAAACCUAUAAAACUACUGUUGAGGAUGAUAGUAAGGUUCUGGAACAACCGGACUUGACUUUUCAUUCAUCAAUGGCAAUAAAGCUGCGGCGAGUAGAGAAGGAGAUCUUGGAAAAGGCAUUGAAAAGCGCCAGUGAUAACCGUAAGCUGUAUAGCAAAAAUUUGGAAGAAGGCACUCCAUUGCCGAAAUAUGAGGAGAGCAACAUUGCUUUUGUAGAGAACAGUGUAGCAAACUCCAAACUUCCCCUCAUUCUGAAGAACCUGGAUGAUGAAGAGGUCAAACUCCAAGAAGCUAUGACAAUCUCAGAGAUAACAGAAAAUGGAUUUCUUAAUGACAAAGAUUUGCUUCCCAAUGGGACAAAAUCUGAAAACGACAAUAUCCUUGCAGAAGAUAAUCAACAAGAAACAGGAAUUGCCAAAGAAAUUUGUUCAUAAACUGUCAGAGCCAAAAGUACAGUUGUGAAAAAGUUGACUGUAUAUUCAAAUUUAAACUGCGAAAGUUUGUGAAACGCUGCUUUGCAUUGGUGUUUCUGUAGAUAAGCAUUGCUGCUUUCAUAUUUGUUUUUUUUCACCCUCAGUGUAGGGUUUCUUUUCAGAAUUGACACCCACACCCAAAUGGAGCUCUUUUAAAACCUUUUGUCCAGCUUUAAGGAGUGAACAAUCUACAGUGAUAUUUAGACUUGUGUACAUUUUAUUUUCUUCCUCCAAAUGUGUAAAAAGAAAAAACUCCCACCCGUUAAACCAAACUAGUCUGUACUUAAGCAGCAUAUAUGGAAAAAGAAGUUGAUGAUCGGUAUAUCUUCAGUUGGAAAUUAUAUCAGUAGCUAAUAGGGCCUGCAUUUUUUAAUGUUAUUGGUAUUAGUUAAGUUUGAAUCUCUUAAGUUAAGGAUAUUGUGAAAUCCUUGUCUUAGAGAGCGUUUCCAGCUCUGAAAGGGUUACGUCAAGCAAAAAUUGAAUAUGCACUUACUAUAGGCAAACAUUUUUAAGUAUUUAUUUGGUUAAUAUCAUUGCAAAGGUUGGCAAACGGAUUGAGCAUGUUCAUUUUAGUUCAUCCAAGGCACAACUAUAAUGUGCAAUUAUUUAAUUUCCACCUAGUCUUAAAGAAAAAAGGCAUAUUUUGCAGUUUGUGAACAUGAGCAAGUCUUACAUAUAUCCAUUUUCGAAGAGUACUGGUACGCACUUUCAGGCACUGGGAGUUCGGAGGCAUACGGGUCCACACAAAAGCUUUAGCCAGUUCAGUGCAGGAGGGGCUAGCAGACCAUUGCAGCACCUCUUCCAAAUCUAAAGUUAUUUGCACAUUCACUUCUUUACUGUUCACGUUUCUACUUUUCACUGAAAUCAUCAUUAAAAGUGAGCUGAAUGA